AUGUCCAUCGCUCCGAAUGGCACCAACUCGAGUGCGGUGUCGGGAGAGAUGGACUUCUCGGGGUGCCACACCGGCGGCCCCCACACGGACGACCUCUCUCCCUUCAGCAACGGGCUCUUCCUGUCGGAUGGCGUCACGGUCGGGGCCACCUCGCGGGCCACCACCGCUGUCACGACAGCGACGAGUCUCACGGCGGAUGCGAUCACCCGCACCGGCGUGACGGAGCUCGACACGCUGAAUGAGGUGAGUGGACACGCCGCCGCCGCGGCCGGGGCGGAUCAACUUCGUUUUUCUCCUCCUGCUUCUGCGAUGGCAACGAUGGCGGUGGCAGCGGUGGUCGCCUCCCACGAACACGUCAGCAGGACGUCCACUUCGGUGCUGCACACGGCGGUGGCCGCCGUCUCCGACACACCGCCGGCGUACACGACGACCACGACGACAGAGGAGAGGGGCGGGGAGGGGGCGUGCGAGGGAUUCCACGACAGCCCCUCGAUGCCGGGCCCCGUGGUGGGGCCGUGGGGCACUGCGUUGGCGACGCCGAUCCCGUCUGACGACGCGGCCGCGACAACGGACUCUGUCACGCUGCUGCCGGUGUCGACCGACGAGGAGAGCUGUGCGGUGCAUGGUAGGCAGGACAGCGUUAACCCUGCUGCUGCUGCUGCCGCUGCUGCUUCUUUUUUGGGUUCGCAGCACUUCGCUCGUGCACCACUGCGCGUGCACUGGUGCUGUGCGGCGCAUUGGCGAGCCGUUCACCGCAUGGAGCGCGGUGUUCAGGCACCCGCCGCGGUGCCCGCCACGGACAGCGACGACGACGUCAGCAGCGCCGCACAGGACGUGUACUGCGUGCCGGCGCACGUGAAGCGACCACUCAAGGAUCACGGGGCGGACGUGCGUGUGUCAGAGACACUCUUGCACCUCUGGCCCGAGGAGGACGAAGCGGAGGGGCACCGCGUCACCCUCGCGGUGCGCACGCUGCCGUCGUUCAUCGCCGUCUCAACGUCGGCGCUGCAGCGCACCGAGCUGCCGCGGUGCGAGUUCUGCGGAAGAGAAGCCGUGCCGUGUGCGACGGCGGACGAUGAGAAGAGAGGCGAGGAAGAGAAGAACGGGCAGGCGGGGCUGCGAGGGUCGGCCGGCGCGCCGGUGCCGAUGCGAUGUGGGACGGGUGCCGUCCCACCCUCGUCGUCCCCCCGCGUCACGAAGGGGCCGUCGCUGCUGCGGAGCGGCUCCACGCCGUGCCAGCGGCCCCUCCACCCGUCCAACGCCACGCCGACGGCGAACUUCUCAAACAGGACGAGCGUGUCGACGCCGAUGCCGCUCUCGUCGUCGACCUCGUCGAUGAGCCUGUGGUGGGUGGAGGGCGUAUGUGCGGAGUGCACCGCUGCAACGUGUGCCACGAGCCUGCGUGAUGCAGCGAUGUUGGCGGCUGUCGCGAUGUUUUAG